AUGUUCUUAUUCGGGAAGUCCCACAAAUCUCCAGCAGAAAUAGUCGGUCAUUUGAAAAGCGCACUUUUACUGCUUGAUAAAAACAGCGGUAAGAAGGGAGAAAAAACAUUAGAGACUAUUACGAGGUGGUUGCAAGCAUAUGAGAGCACGCUGUUUGGGCAUGGGGGACACAGCCCAGAUCCUGUUCAGGUAGCUGCUUUGGUGCAGGAAACACAUUAUACGAAUCUUCUUUUGUUUCUCGUGAAGAAUUUGCCAAAGUUAGAUUUUGAAACAAAGAAGCAAGUCACGACGGUUUUCAGUAAUUUGCUGAGGCGCCAAGUCGGUAAUCGGUGUCCGACCGUCGAAUAUCUUUGUGCUCGCUACGAUGUUCUGCUCACGCUUGUUAAUGGCUACCAAAUACCGGAGAUAGCACUGACCUGUGGAAACAUUCUUCGAGAAAGUUUUCGCUAUGAAGAUCUUGCGAAAGUGAUACUGUACAGUCCAAUUUUGUAUAAUUUUUUCCCUUAUAUUGAGGCUUCCUCAUUUGACCUGGCAUCUGAUGCAUUUGCUACAUUCAAAGAUCUAUUGACAAAACACAAAUCGAUAACCGCUAAGUUUUUUGAGACAAAUUAUGAACAGUUUUUCACCAACUAUCAGAAACUUCUGAUAUCCGAAAAUUAUGUUACACGACGACAGUCAUUAAAGCUAUUGGGAGAACUCUUGCUGGGUCGCCAAAAUUUUGACGUGAUGACACGCUAUAUAAGCGAUACUGGAAACCUAAAACUAAUUAUGAAUCUGCUGAGAGAGAAAAGUCGGACUAUCCAGUUUGAAGCCUUUCAUGUUUUCAAGAUUUUUGUGGCUAAUCCAAAUAAAACAAAGUCGGUAACAAAAAUUCUUGCUCGGAAUAAAGAGAAGUUAAUAGUUUUCCUUAACAACUUCCAGCCUGAACGGACAAAUGACGAACAGUUUUUGGACGAAAAGACAUACCUAUCGCCACUGAGCGUAGUGCAACAUCUAAAAGAGGCCUUGCGGGCGCUGGAAAAAAAGGGCGCUAAAAAGGAAAGGGUAUUGGAGGAAGUUGGAAGAUGGCUUCAAGUGUAUGAAGACAUCUUCACUAGUCAUAGUGAAGACCCUGCCCAGAUUGGAUCGUUAGCUCAGGCAACUUAUUACUUCAAUAUCUUAGUAAUGUUGGUUAAAAAUCUUUGCGAUCUGAAUUUUGAGACGAGAAAAAGAGUUGUUAGUGUGUUUAGUCAGUUACUACGGAGGAAGAUUGGAGCUCGGUUUCCAACUGUAGAAUAUCUUUGUGCUCGAUAUGAUCUUUUAUUUACACUUCUGAAAGGAGUUUUUUGUAAAUUUUAUCAGAUAAAUUUGCCGUUUUCUCAAAACCAGUGCGUAGCAAAACUUAGUUCGACCGUGUAUGAAUCUCCCGAAGUAGCUUUAAAUUGUGGCAUGAUUCUGCGAGACUGUGCGAGACAUGAAGAUCUUGUCAAAAUUAUUUUAGAUAGUCCACAGUUUUAUGACCUUUUUGAUUAUACUGAAGGUUCUUGUUUUGACAUCUCUUCAGACGCAUUCACCACUAUUAAAGAUCUGUUAACUCGUCAUCAGCAGAUAUGUGCGACUUUUCUUGUGAAAAAUUACAAGUCAUUUUUUUCUAAUUAUCAAAGGUUGUUAUGUUCGAAGAACUAUGUCACAAGAAGGCAGUCACUGAAGCUUUUGGGUGAAUUGCUUUUGGAUCGCUACAAUUACGAAAUUAUGAUUCGGUACAUAAAUGAUGCUGAGAAUUUGAAGCUCAUUAUGAAUUUACUUCGUGAAAGAAGUCGAGGUGUACAGUUUGAAGCUUUCCACGUCUUCAAGAUAUUUGUUGCUAAUCCCAAUAAAACUAGGCGCGUUGCGGAUAUUCUGCAGAGAAAUCGAGAAAAACUCUUGCAUUUUCUCGCUGAUUUUCAAAAAGAUCGGUUGGAAGAUCAGCAGUUUGUUGAAGAGAAAGCAUAUAUGAUAAAACAAAUAGAAGAAAUGGGGUUCACUUACAAUAGUUCAUAA